AUGGUUUGCACGUCGAGUGAGUGGAUUUUGUUUAUUUUUGGAGCCCGGAAGUUACAUUUUUACUUUUUACUUUAGCGUGACUCUUUCUAUGUAAUGAAAUUCUUUUUGAAGUUUUUUUGAAUUUCAGUCAGUUUUUCAUGUCGACUUUCUCGGACCUCGGCAAUUUCGCGUGAUAAAUCUUUUGGCAAAUGCGAUUCCGUUCAUAUUCCAUUUUCAAUAGGUUUAUUGUGCGUUGGACUAUUUUAAAACUACUAUAAAAGUUCAAGGAGGCCUUGAAAAACACUAUUCAACGCUAUUUUUUCAUCCAGUAAAUGCACAAAAAUCGGCUCUCAAUGUCGCGCCACUAUUGCAAUAAGCCGCGCCCCCAUUACAUACGGCCACGCCCAAUGACCACAUCUGCUGCCUGUUUGGGAACACUGUGGGUAAAGUACUUAGGAACUUUAGAAUGGUACCUAUAAAGACCCUUGGAGGGUCCCCUCUAGGGACCACUUCACCAACCCCUAUAGUGGCCACUAGAGCUUGAAAAAGGAAUCCCUAUAGGGGACAUGCUAGUCGGUAGCAUUUUCAUAGGUUAACUGAAUAAAUAAGCGUUUUUUGAACAAAAUUAAAAGCCCCCUAUAGGGCCCACUUGAGCUUUAAGAGCUAAGGGGUCUGGCACUGAACCCCUAGAGGACCUUCUUAAUUUUACCCCUAUAGGAACCGUUAAUUCGACUUUAUAUGGUCUUUACAGUUUCGAGUGAGUGUAAUUCUCCUAUUUUAGUGGUCAAUUAUGUCCCUAAUUUCUCUCUUUUUUUUAUGAUCGAAAAGUGCAAAUCUUCUUGUUAAGAGGCUCAUUUGUAUGCACAUCCUUGCCUCUCAUAAAUUCAACAAGGAACACUUUUCCAAUUUCCAUUAACGAGAAAAAAACAGAAAAUUCAGGCGAUGAGCCACUUCUUGUGGACGGCGCAGUAUCACGGGUCAAGGCGAUGUCUCCAAACGAAAAGGUCAAAAAUUGCACCGGAUACUGUAUCGGGUGAGAAAAAUUCAAGGAAUCAAGUUUUAAUUUUUAGAACAAAAAAAAAAGUUUCAUGAGAACCGGACGAUUUGAUCCGAUUGAAUAUGGUGUUUAGAAAUUUCCAAAGGUUUGAGAACAUCUUAGGAACUCCAGAGGGACCCCUAUAGGGGUUUUAAAGCUGACCCCUAGGCCCUAAGGCUUGAGUGGUCGGUCAAUUUUUUUUCCAAAGAAGGUUGCUUUUUUAGUUUUUCGCACGGAAAAGCUUCUUCGCCAAGAGUUCAUAAAAGUUAUCGACUAAGAUGACCUCUAUAGGGACCACUAACUAAAACCCCUAUAGGGACCAUUCUUGCAAGCUUUGGUGAAAUGUCGGUAAAAUGGGACCCUCCAAGGGCUCCUCAGAUUGUUCCUAUAGGGACCACUCUGGAUUUCCUAAGGAUUUCUAUGUCAUUUGAGCUUCGGGACAGUCUUUGAUUAGUUUCUUAUAAGAUGUCCGUAAUGAAAAGUUUCUUGAAGGGAAGUUUGGUCAAGUCUGAUACAAGAUAGUAGGCGGUUUUUUGCAGCAAAAGAAAACUGGAAAAUCUUUAUGACAAUUCCCUCUCACAGAAAGCAAAUAAUGAUCAACGGAAAGCUGAAAUCAACAGCGGGGCUCAUCCACGUCAGAAAUCUUCACUUCACAUGCCUUCCAAUCAACUCCAAGACGGACAAGUUCUGCAAUGUUUCCUGAAAAUUUCCAAGUCAACGAAUAAAAAGGAGUUCAGACCAAGUGUACUACCAAGGCUGUCGACGUCGGCUCGCCGACUUUCAUCAAAUAUGUGGCACCGAUGAAAGCGGUUCUUGUGGCGGAUAUUGGUGUUGGUUUUUUGAAAAAGUCCUGGUCAGCUUAGGACUGGGUUUCUUACCAUAAAAGAGACGUCAGGAAAUUUUUUUUUGUUGAUUUAAUUACUGAAUGAGCCAGCCGAUGCAUAGGUAAAGUCGAAAGGACCCUUUACGGGCCCGUUAUAGAUCAAAAGGUUUCCAUUAGUUGUUCCUAAACGGAUGGCAACGGUUUCCUUUUUACUGCCUUUUUCCGUCCUUUUAUCGGCCUUCAUCCACCCUUUUUGGACCCUUUUAAGAAAUACAAUUUUUUAAGUUGAGAAUAAUUUUUAGCCGUGACCGUGUAUGAACCAAAAUGGGCUACAGUAAUACAAUCUGAAAUCAUCAAUGACCGAGACUUUCAGCACCCUUUUUGCACCCUUUCCAUUUUUUCACCCCUUUUUGAGCCUUUUCCGCCCACCAUAAAAAUGCUCAAUAAAGGCCGCAAAACGGAACCCUUUUAGCGGCCUUUUUGCACCCAUUUUUCGCACUUCCGACUUCGGCAGUAUGUAGGCUUUUUUUGUUCUUUUUUUGGCGUGAAGAAACAAUUAUUCAUUUAUUUCUCAUUUAUUUUUAAUCAAAAAAAGAAUCUCACAAGGUAACGAAUAGAACAAUUUGUUAUUUUGAUUAUUUCUUUGAGGCUGGUAUGGAUUUUUUUUUUCGCUGAAAAGUGAGGGGUACUGUUUGAAGCAAAGUUGAAAGAGUCUGAAUUAAUUCUUCAGAAAAAAAUGAUUGACGAGCCCUUUUGAAUAUUAUUUUUCGUACAAACCAUCCUAGAAACGAAAUCCAAAAAUCAAGUCUUUUUUAAUAGAAAAAAAGGGUUUUUUUUAGUUCAGUUUUGGAAAAAGUGUCAUUUUCCCCUGUCUUUGCAGGACUUCGAUAACCUGAAAGUCCUGGAGAAGGUCUGCUGUUGCAAGAACGAGACGUGCGCGGCGCAAAUCGACGCCUCACUCCGGCUUUCCAUGCAAACGGCCUACAAGAUUGAGUGA